AGCCCCAAACCUGCUUCCCCAGAUACGCAGCUCGCCCUCAGGGCCAAGCUAAAGCGCACUUUCUGGCUGAAGAGCCCCGAAGUCCCUGGCAAUGGCAGCAUCAGGGCUCCUGGCAAACCCAACAGGCCUCAGCACCCUGAUUGCUGCGGACCAUCAGAACAAGUUCUGCCCACCCUGGGCAGCCUGUGCCUGCGCUCUGGAAGCUGGGUCCCAUGCAAAGGCCAGACAUCAGCCUUCCUGCUAACUGAGGCUCUUCCAGGCAGGGACCCCAGCUGCAGUCAAAUCCUCCCGUCCCCUGGGCUCCAGCUUUGGCGGCUUGCUGGAAGGCGCUGCCUGCCACCCCGGUCUGUGGUCGCUUCACGAUUCCAUCCCCGCCAGCAACAGGGGGAACCUCGGGGCCGGCGCCAGCAGCCUGGGGAGGGGAGGGUGCGGCGCCGCCGCGCUGCGCAGGGUGGGGCGUCCCCCUCCCCACCAGUCCCCCUCCGGCCGGCCUCAGGCCAGGGGGAGGAGCUGCCCCGUCCCCCGCUGAGCCCGUGGGGCUAUAAAGCUGCCCCGCAGCGUCUGCGGCUCCUUCGCGCCUCGGCCCAGCCCUUCCAGCGCGGACUGCGGAGCUCUGCCGACAUGAGCCACCACCCGUCGGGCCUCCGGGCCAGCGUGAGCGCCACCUCGUACCGCCGCACCUUCGGGCCACCGCCCUCGCUGUCCCCCGGGGCUUUCUCCUACUCGUCCAGCUCACGCUUCUCCAGCAGCCGCCUGCUGGGCUCGGCGUCCCCGAGCUCCUCCGUGCGCCUGGGCAGCUUUCGCGCCCCUCGGGCGGGGGCCCUGCGCCUGCCUUCCGAGCGCCUCGACUUCUCCAUGGCGGAGGCGCUCAACCAGGAGUUCCUGGCCACGCGCAGCAACGAGAAGCAAGAGCUACAGGAGCUCAACGACCGCUUCGCCAACUUCAUCGAGAAGGUGCGCUUCCUGGAGCAGCAGAACGCGGCCCUGCGCGGCGAGCUGAGCCAGGCCCGGGGCCAGGAGCCGGCGCGCGCGGACCAGCUGUGCCAGCAGGAGCUGCGAGAGCUGCGGCGCGAGCUGGAGCUGCUGGGCCGGGAGCGCGACCGGGUGCAGGUGGAGCGCGACGGGCUGGCCGAGGACCUGCUGGCGCUCAAGCAGAGGCUGGAGGAGGAAACGCGCAAGCGGGAGGAUGCAGAGCACAGCCUCGUGCUCUUCCGCAAGGACGUGGACGACGCCACCCUGUCCCGUCUGGAACUAGAGCGCAAGAUUGAGUCCCUGAUGGAUGAGAUCGAGUUCCUCAAGAAACUGCACGAGGAGGAGCUUCGAGACCUGCAGGUGAGCGUGGAGAGCCAGCAGGCGCAGCACGUGGAAGUCGAGGCCACGGUGAAGCCCGAGCUGACCGCGGCGCUGAGGGACAUUCGCGCGCAGUACGAGAGCAUCGCGGCGAAGAACCUGCAGGAGGCCGAGGAGUGGUACAAGUCCAAGGUGCGCGCCGAGGGCGAGCGCGGCGGCGGGGGGCCGCGCGGCGGGGCGGAGUCGCGGCCGGCCCGCUGCAUCCCGAGUGGCCCCGCCCUGCAGUACGCGGACCUCUCCGAUGCCGCCAACCGCAACCACGAGGCCCUGCGCCAGGCCAAGCAGGAGAUGAACGAGUCUCGACGGCAGAUCCAGAGUCUGACCUGCGAGGUGGACGGGCUGCGCGGCACGAACGAGGCGCUGCUCCGGCAGCUGCGGGAGCUGGAGGAGCAGUUCGCCCUGGAGGCGGGCGGAUACCAGGCCGGCGCCGCGCGGCUGGAGGAGGAGCUGCGGCAGCUCAAGGAGGAGAUGGCUCGGCACCUGCGCGAGUACCAGGAGCUGCUCAACGUCAAGAUGGCCCUGGACAUCGAGAUCGCCACCUACCGGAAGCUGCUGGAGGGCGAGGAGAGCCGGAUCUCGGUGCCCGUCCAUUCCUUUGCCUCCUUAAGUAUGAAGACAACUGUGCCUGAGGUGGAGCCAUCCCAGGACAGCCACAGCAGGAAGAUGGUUCUGAUCAGGACCAUCGAGACCCGGGAUGGGGAGCAGGUGGUGACGGAGUGCCAGAAGGAGCAGCACAGUGAGCUGGACAAGUCUUCCACUCACAGCUACUGAACCCCUUGGGUGGGAGCUGCCUGCCCCUGCCCUAGGCCUGCUGUAAGCCAAAGCCUCACACCUGCCCUGAACUGCCUUCCCUGCCCUCCCAUUGCAUGUGCCCAGGGGCUGGCCCCAGGCCCCCCUCUCUGGCCCAUGGCCAAGUAGCUAACACUCUGCCGUGACCCAGAUGCUUUCCUUUGUUCCCUGAUAAAGAGGCCUGUGACCCUCAGGACAAGUCUGCUGCAGCCAGAGUCCCUUGAUGGGUGGGGUGGGGUGGGGUGGGCUGGAGUCUGAGUUUCCCUUUGGAGUCAAAUAAACUGCC